GUUCGGUUUUCGAUAUUCAUUCUUUUGGCUGAGUCCACCUUGAUCGCAGUGCGAUAUCACAUUCUUUGCCUUUUCAUUCUUUUUACAGACUACAUCUGAAGUCUCUGGUCGACUCUCCGCUUUCCCAAAUACCUCCGAAAAUACCGUCAAGAUGAAGUACGCAUUCUCUGCUGCGCUUGCCACUGCUCUGGCCGCCAAGAACGUUGUUGCCCACGCAACUUUCCAACAGCUUUGGGUUGACGGCACGGAUUACGACACGUCCUGCGCUCGUAUUCCUCUGACCAACUCUCCCGUUCAGGAUGUCACCUCCAAGGACAUGGCUUGCAACGCCGGAACCUCCCCAGCCGCCUCCAAGUGCAAUGUCCCCGCGGGCAGCACUGUGACCGUCGAGAUGCACCAGCAGCCCAACGACCGCAGCUGCUCGAACGAGGCUAUUGGAGGUGCCCACUACGGUCCUGUCCUCGUCUACAUGGCCGCUGUCGAGGACGCCGCCUCUGCCGAGGGAGCUGACGCCGCCUGGUUCAAGGUCUUCCAGGACACUUGGUCGUCCGGAGGCGCCUCUGGCAGUGACGACAACUGGGGAACCAAGGAUCUCAACACUUGCUGUGGCAAGAUGGACGUCCCCAUCCCCAAGGACCUCGCCCCCGGUGACUACCUCCUGCGUGCUGAGGCCAUCGCCCUGCACGCCGCCGGCUCGGAGGGGGGUGCGCAGUUCUAUAUGACUUGCUACCAGAUCUCCGUCUCGGGUGACGGCACCGCCACUGCUGAGACUGUCUCUAUCCCUGGCGCUUACAAGGCUGCCGACCCGGGUAUCGAGAUCAACAUCUAUCAGGCCAUGACCGAGUACGUGGCCCCGGGUCCUGCCGUUUACGCUGGUGGUAGCGAGAAGACCGCCGGCUCUGAAUGCGCCGCCGGCUCUGGACCCGCCGCCGGCUCCUCGCCUUCUUCUGCCGCCGCCGCCACAACUUCUGCUGCUGCUGCCACCUCGCCCGCCCCGGCCAGCACCACCCUCGCCACCUCUGUCACGUCCCAGGUCGCCGCUGUCGCCAGCUCCACCACCAGCGAGGCUGCCCCCGCUGCCACGACUGCCCAAUCCGCUGAGUGCAAGAAGAGGCGCCGCAGCAGGAUGGCUCGCAACCUGUAA